AUGAUUUUCGGAUCAUUGGAAAUGUCCAGAGUUUUCAUCAGCUUGUUGGGCUUUCAAAUGGAUAUGCUGUACAUAAAUUGCGUUUGUGUCUUAAAGGCCUGUUUCAAAGAAAUUAAUGAUAAUCUGAAGAAUUUGCGGGAGCUCGUGAUAAAUAAUAUUUCUAGAUGGAGCUAUAAUGAGCAGAGAUAUCCGUUCUUGUUGAAAAAACUUAAGGCUUUAAAAAAACAGCAUCUGAUGAUAAGUGACACAGUGAAGAUGCUUAACAUGAUUUUCAGUCUACAUCUUCUCGCUACCAUAGCUUUAUCCUUCAAGCAGAUAAUAUUCUACGUGUAUUUCGAUGUAAUACAAUGGCAAAACGGGAUAUCCUUGAAUCAAGACAGAAUUUAUAAUUCAUAUUUCAUAUCAAUCAUAAUAUAUUACUUUACAAGAUUCGUAUUGAUAGUGUGGGCUUGCGAAACUGGCAAAAAUGAAGCGAUAAAAAUUGGUACUACUAUUCACGAUAUACUUAACAGCAUUAGAGAUGUGCAAAUCAAAGAUGAGUUAAAUUUGUUCUCUUUGCAAAUAUUGCAUUGCGAUAAUACAUUUUCCACGAAAGGUCUCACUGUAGAUGCAUCAUUGUUCACAGUGAUGGUGAGUAGCAUCUCAACAUAUCUAUUGAUUUUAAUACAAUUUUUGAUCAUAACACAUUCGUGCGACGAAUGA